CCCACAGGUUUCCAUGCAGUACAACCCCGGCUGGAACGGCUCCUCCGUGAACCUGCUGCACGUGCGGGCGGCGGGGCCGGGGGACAGCCUGCACUACGUGUGGAGCAGCAUCGGGGCCCCAGCCGUGCUCCUGGUGGCCACCCAGAGUCCCAGCAGUGCCCUGAGGGUCAACUGGACCCAGCUGCUCUCCCCCAGUCCUGCUGGAGCCAUCUGGAUCGACCCUCCCGACAGCGUGGUCUAUUCCACGGCCGUGGUCUUCACCAAGCUGUUCGAGUUCAGGGAGGCCAAACCUUCGGGACAGCUCUUCUACCCCACCUAUGACCUGUCUGAGUUCUCCUGGGACAGCCUCAACCACACCCUGAACCUCACAGCGCUGACGGCCGAGCUCCGCGGGGUCCCGGCCACCGACCCCGGCAGCGGCUUCUCCAACGGCAGCCUGGCAUUCCGGGUGACAGCCUACGAGGCCGGGGGCCGUGAGGGACGCCUGCCCAGCCUCCUGCACACGGCAGACAGCUCCCAGCUGGAAUUCAUCCUGGCUGGGGUGGCCCCACGGGGAAACGGCUCCCGCUUCGUGCUGGAGGUGGCCACGGUGGAGGAGGAGGGAGCGGUGCGGAGGCUGCGGUCCGAGAGAUCCAUCGAUGACGAGUACACCCCCACCAUCUUCGAGGUGCUGUCCCUGCUUGCUGAGCCCCAGAACGGCAGCUCCACGCUCGGCUUCCUGCAGUGGAAGGCGACGGCCUACGGCUCCCGCAGGCCCCGGCGCGAGGACGGGAUCCGGUGCCGGGCUCAGGGGCUGCGGGCGGCCAACGGGAGCCUGCCCGUGUCCAGCAUCCUCCAGGCCUACUUUGGGGACAGUUUGGGCAGCAGCUGCACCAUCAGCGCCCUCAAUGUGUCCUUUGGGGGAGAGGAGGGAGAGGUGUAUCAGGAGAGGAGAUACCUCAGCUGGUCGGUGCUGCUGGGUUUUGGGGAGCCCCCCAGGGACAGUUUCUCCCCUCUGGUGAUUUCCAUCGCGGCCGUGGCUCUGGGCACACCCCUGGCCCUGCUGCUGCUGGGGAGCUGCGGGCUGCUGCUGGCACAGAGGAGACGCUACUCCGAGUACGAGCCCAUCAACUGAGGGAUCCCAGGAGAGCCCAGGGAUCCUCCCCGUUCCUGGGGAUGCACAGCCCCUCCUCUGCCUCCCCUCUGAGCCCCGAGGGCAGCGGGGUGAUGCUGGCAGCUGCCCCACACCGAGGAUCCCCUGCGGCUGCUCCUUCCCCGCUGCCGCCUCCUGCGCUGGGUUCAGCUUCCUCCCCGGAUUUUUCCUGAUCGUGAAGCUAAGGGAAUCGAUGGGGGGAGUUUGGUCAGGAAAUCCUCCUUCUCCUCCUUCUCCUCCUCCUCCUCCUUCUCCUCCUCCUUCUCCUCCUCCUUCUCCUCCUCCUCCUCCU